AUGAGUGCGCUGUUCAAACUGGUGUUGGGCCAGAAGGUGGUGCACCCAAGCGUCACGAAGCGAAACGCGGAGGACAAUCCCCACCCCAACGGAGAAGCCACCAUCAACUCUGGCAGCUCCUCACCAGCGGUUGCAAACGGUGACAAGCUCUCCUCAAAGCCGACGAACGGCUACCGACACCCCGCCGCACCGAAUGCCGGGACAACAGGCCGCUCCGCUCACGAUGGGACGGACGCUGAUGCUGGGGCGGCUCCAUCAAGAGGUACUGUGCGAGCGCCCAAGACCGCAGAUACCACGUCUUCUUUGGCGCACACGCAGCGGUCGUCGUCUCCACCCGUAAACUCAUCGAACUCGCCGCGGCCUAGAACGCCGACACGCACGCUACUCCUUCGCAUUGAAGGUUGCACUGUUGCUCAGGACAUCCGCGACGCCUUGCGCGAUCUCUUGCGUUGUCCAGAUGUACCGUACGCCCUCGAUGAAGCAUCGUUGAAGUCCAUCCUGUCCUUGCUGCCAAGCUACGCCGAGGAUGAGUCCAUCACCGAACCGACGUUGCAGUUGUUGGCCAAUGCAACCGACAUCGACGCCUACCCAAGUGAACUGGAGUCAAAUCGGCGUACCAUCGCGGUGACGAUGGCGGAUAAACGCCACACGUGCGACGAGUUGCUGCAGGUGCUGGUGAACGCGGUGUCGGUCUUUCUGGACGCGAUGAGCGCGACGGCACCGUUUUGGAGUCGUUACUACGCCGUCGUUGUGCUGCAGCGUCUGGAGGAGUAUGAACCGUCAAGAGUGCACCAAGAGCUGCUCGCGGCGCGUGGCGUGAGUGUGCUGUUAGACGCCCUGAACGAGACGGAGAACGAUAACGCGCUGCGUAGUCAAGCCCUGCUUCUUCUCACGUCGCUAACCUUGACUGAUCGGGAGUUGCAGACGCUGCUGGCCUUUGACAACGCUUUCGACUCGCUCUUUGACCUCAUUCAACGCGAAGGCGGAGUGCUCGGCGGCGGCGCCGUGGUGCGGGAUAGCCUUACUGUCGUCCACAACCUCCUGCGGUCGAAUAAGGCGACGCAGAAGUUCUUUCGUGAAAUGGGCUGUGCGGCGCGUCUCGCAGCCCUCUUCGACUCAAUUCCGGCCGAGCUGGCGACGUGCACGGUGGCCGAUCAGCGCCGCGGCAGCGCCCCGACAACCUCCCGCCACUGGCCACAGCCGAUCGUCCUGGCGGAGAAACUGGAAGUGCUGCUGGACUGCGUGAAGGCCCCUGAUGUGAUGCUGAACAUUCUCAUGUCUAUUUCAAUUUUGGCGUGUGUACUGCGCGGACACGAGGACGCUGAGGAGGAGUUCUAUGCCAUCCAAGAUGCACUGCUGCGGUGCGGGCUGCUACAUCCGUUGACACGACUGGCCUUUUGCGGCAUGGCGAUCGACGAUGCGACGCGCAUUGAGGCCGUGCGUGUGCUGGCGCUGCUGCUGAGCAAAUCGAAGAGGGCGUUGGAGGAGUGGUUGACCUCGCCUCCACUGGUGACGCUGGUGCGGGCGACACUGCCGUACAUCGUGCGAACGUGGCCCUCCCCGCGAGCGCUGCUGUCGUACGUGUGCGAGACGACGGACACGACCUUGGUAAAUGCCGGCGUGCAGCUGUUCUUGUCCACCCUGAGUGUCCCGGUCUGCCAGGAGCGUGUCGCGGGUGUCUUUCUGGGGGACUUAGUAGGGAGUGUGGACCAGGCAAGCGCGUCGAACGCGAGCGGCGGCGCCCAUGCCUCUUUGAACACCGUCAAGACACCACCAAUGAAUACCACAAACGGUAGCAGUAGUAGUACCGGCAUCGGCAGUCAGGCUGACCUCCGGUGCGGCGCAGCGUUGGCGCGCAUCCUUCUCUCGUCCUCCACCUCGGCGGUGGAGAAGUACUACACGGCGCAGGUCUUCCGUACCCUUCUUGGCCUCCCUGCGGCGGUGAAGCUGUCGGAGUCGCUAGUGCGGGCGGCCGUGCCUGCGGAGCUGCGACAGGGGACGUUGGACACCCUUGUUAAGGGACAGCCAGGUUGGGUGCUGUCGCCCCAGCUCACGCCAUCCUUUUUCAACUACUUCGUGUCCUUCCUCCUCUUCGCCAUCAGCGGUGGUGCCGCGAGCCAGCAGAUGAGCACUGCGGCACUCGGAGCCUACGUCGCGGCGCUGCUGGCGUGGACCGGCGCGUGCCCGUGGGCCGCCGCGGCGUUAGUUCAGGAGGUGUCGUGGGGCGAUACGCUGCUGCACCAGGCACGCCGUGACGGCGCCGCUCACCUUCGCUUGUGGUCUGCAAUGCUCAUUGCGAGGGGUUGCGUUGUCGUGCGUGCGGCCACGGCGGCUGCGUGUGGCACAUCGGCACCACAUCUGACGGAAAGCGCUACGGCGGCCGCCGGCACGGCGCUGGAGCAGCGCUUCCUGCAAAUGGUGGGUGGCGGUGCCGCGCUCGACACCAUCCUCUUCGAUGCGCAGGCGAGCACGCCGGCCUGGCAGCACCCGGUGGCGUGUGGGCUGCGCACCCAGACGCCAACGGUGUACGAUGAGCCUUUUGUGGCACAGGUGGAGCAGCUGGCACAGGAGUUUAAGCGGCUACUGAGCACGGUACCUGGAGCGCCAUCGUUAUCGCCGCCGUCGCACCCGCACUCGUCCACGCCGCUGCCGCCUCCGCCCCACUUGACACCAACGACGGUUGCGCCAGCGGCACUCGCGCAUGCAUCACCGCCGCCACCACCGUACUCAUCGCCGAACAACGACGCGCAGCUCCAGCAGCUACCUCUUCCACCAUCAUCACCAAAUAUUGUCUCGUCGUCAGCGGACUUCCACGUGCCCGGCUCCUCGGUGCUGUCACACGACCCCCCAUCACCGCCGUCACCUUCUCAGGCCGUAGUAACAGGAAGUGUCCCUGUCCUUCACGCCGGCCCCAGUGCGGAGACGCUCGCGUUGAUAGAGUCCUUGCAAGCGCAGGUGCAGGCAUCACAGGCAGAGCGAGAUGGUUUGAUCCGUGCGGUACACGAGUGGCGCGGACGGGCGGAACAGAGCGAAGCGCUGUGCCGAACGCUGCAGCAGGCACAAGAGGGACAUGUCGCUGCCCUUGAGGCGGCAGAGGCGGAGAUGUCAAAGCUACGAGAGGCCGACGCCGCCGCCCAGGCCUCCGCUGUCUCGCCCGAUGUCGUUGACGGCCUGCGGGAAAACAUGCACCUGCUGGAGGAGGCGUUGAACUCGAAGGACGAAGAGCACCAGCAGCUGGUGGAGUCGCUCAACAUGAUGGAGGAGCAGCUUCGACAUGCGACACGUGCAGCCGCAGCAGCGAAUGAACAGCGCGCCGCCGCCGUCGCAGCAACUGCCGAACUUCAACGUCAACAUCAGUAUCAAUAUCAACAGCAACAGGAGCAGCAGCGAGUUCUUCCGCCGCCGCCGCCACAAGGGCCACCACCGGAGGUGGUGGCUGCGAUGGAAGCGGAACGCAACGCACUGCAGCAACAACUGGCGGAGGCGCGGCAGGAGGCUGGACGCCUUCAGCACUCCCUUCAGAAUCUCAUGGCCGACCACCAAGAGCUGUUACUUAUGGUGGCGGAGCUCAAUGAGGAGUGCGUGUCGGCGAAGGCGUUCUCUUCUGUGGCACCUACACCAGCGCGGCAGCCAGCAGAGUGGCUGUCGACCAGCCCUGGCGUCGAUCGGGACAACGAAGCGGAGUCUCACAGAGGUGAGCCUGCGAUCAACGCAUCUUCGUAUUUGCAACGCGACGCCAUCGAACCGGACGUGGCGGCCACGGCAACGCACGGCAACGAAAUGUUCUCCUCACCCUCUCUGGUGGUUGCCGAUCUGGCGCAACUGUCGGGCGGAUCUUUGUCGGUGGGGGCAGAGGGGCGGUGGCGUGCUGCGGAGUCCCCCUUGACCCAACUCGCCGAAAUCGCUCGUACGGCAUCGUCGACGACCUACGCGGCAGCGACAGACGUGUUGAUCGACCCCGCAGCCAGCCAGCCAUCUCCGCCACUGCCGGCUGAACAUUUGGAGCGUACCGGUAACAGCAGUGACCCGCAACGCGAAGGCCUUGAUCCUCGCACGUCCCAUCAGCACCACGCAAUGCAAGACGGUGUACAGCCAGGCACACAACAACUAUGUCUACCGCCACCGCCGCUACCUUCCACCGCCACCAUUCCUGCACCUAACCCCCAUUCGCACGGUAGACUGCCGACUCCAAUGUUUGGUCGACCUUCCGCCGCUCAUGCAUGCAACCGGCACGCACCACGCUACGCUGACCCGUCGAUACAAUUCUUCAACGGGGGUGGUGCAGCACCGCAAACACAAGUGCCAACCGCGGUCCCACCACCGUCGAUGCCGGCAACGGAGACUGCGCCAGCGUGGUCCUCUCCUCCUUCCUUCUCUCCGCAAGAUGCACCCCCGGCAUACCACGUCAACACUCUCACGCCCCUUGACGCGCGGCGUGAUCACCAGGUCACCGAAGAUUUGCCGCUUUUGCAGAACGCGGAGAACAGAUCUGCGGACAACGACAUCCAACCCACCGCGCCCCCGCCAUCACAGGUGCAGGACCAGCUGCCGCAUACACACCAGCAACACGAAGCGCAAGAGGUUGAAGAACAGCUCUACCAAUCAGGGAGUUUCGGUAACGGCGAGAAUGGCGUGUUCGCACCCCAGCAGCAAGCAUCGACAGCAGGCGAAGCACCACCGGACGCCCCGCCGCUGCCCUCCGCCGACGACUUCUUUGGCGGCGGUGGCGAUGAUGAAGCCGACAGCGACGUGAUCUCGGGACAUGCAGCGAAACCCGCUGUGGUGGCGCAGGACACAGACAACGCUGAGCCUUCAUUACCUGCUCUUGCGCAUCAGACUCGUCCCCGACCUCCGUCUCCGCCUCCUGACGAGGAAUCGGCUCCGGCGCGUGCCGUUGGCGUCAACCCUUUCUUGUCAAAUUCCAGUGCCACCCACCGCGACCACGCCGAAGCGCACGUAGCCCGUGUAUCAUCUGAGGAAGCCGCCAACGCCACGGUAGAACGGCACCUCCCUCUUCCCGCCGACUCGAACAACGCACGCACGAUUGCAACAUCGCCAUCCCGCAAGCAGCAAGACAAGUCUGGCUCAGCCUCCUUGAAGAGCGACCUGUUUCGCACGGAGACAGCCGUGUUCUCCAACGCACCACCGCCUCCGCUGCCCGCGUCGACGUACGGGCACCACCCCGCUUCUGCCCUCUCCAGCGGUGCACACCAUCUCAACUACAAGGGGAACGCCCUGCACGGACAGCAGCGGCCGAACCCACAGACCCCUCCGGCAACGUCGAGCCACGAAAACGGGAGUGCACCGCCUGCUGCUACCGCCAUACCACCACAACUGCAUGGAACACCAAGCGCCUCCGUGGCUCAGGCAACCGCUGCCUACAACCCUUUUGCUGACUUUCAAGGCGAAGGGGACGACGACGAUGGCCUAGACGGUCUGCGGUGA